AUGCCAAACAAAAUGGCUGACAGUUUGAGUCCGUUCGUUUACUGGGGCCAGAAAAAAGAUCAUAUAUCCUUGAAAAUCGACCUAAAGGAAGCAAUAAUUGAAACCCUUGAUAUCACUGAAGAUAAGGUCAGAUUUGUCUCUCAAGGUUUGGGAGUACGAGGAACGAAUAAGUAUGAAUUUGAACUGAGCUUUUACCACCCCGUGGACAGUGAGAAUUCCAAAUACAGAGUCACAGACAGGGAUGUGCUCAUUCAUAUACAAAAGAAGGGAGUUGGAGAAAUAUGGCCUCGUCUAACAGAAAAACCUGUCAAACUUCCGUGGCUGAAAAUUGACUUUGACAAUUUUGGAUUUGAAGAUGAAUCUGGAGACGAGGAGUCAGAAAAUGAGGAAGGAAGAGAAAUGAUGAAAAAGUUUGAGAAGCAUAUGAAAUCUAAAGAAGCAUCAUCUCUGCCAGAAAUCAGUGUGGGAUACAUGUUCUUUUACAACAUGUUCCAGUUUGUGGGAUUUUUAUACAUCUUUGUUAUUUUACAAUACAAAUACAUCACAUUAGGAGAAGAAGCAAAAAAGUCAGCACUAGAAUUUGUUGGGCUGCAGAUAAUGUUGUGCCAGCUUGUAUCUAUGCUAGAAGUGUUCCACCCUAUACUGGGAUUGGUCAAAACAGGAUUUUUCACUCCAUUUCUACAAGUUACUGGGCGUAACUUUAUCCUAUUUAUUGUGAUUCUACAAGAGCCUCGUCUGCAGGAUGCACCUGUGAUCUGGUAUUUGUUUGUGGUAUGGAGUUCUAUAGAAAUAGUUAGGUAUCCAUACUAUAUGCUGAAAUGCAUCAAUCUCGAAAUUCGUCUGAUCACCUGGUUAAGGUAUAGUCUUUGGAUCCCUCUGUACCCUAUUGGCUUCCUUAUGGAAGGAACAGUGAUAAUUAUGGCUAUGCCUCUUUAUGAAGACACAGGGAAGUUCUCUUUCAACCUUCCAAACUUUGCCAACAUGCCAUUUAGUUUCCCAUUUUACUUGAGGCUUCACCUAGCUCUGCUAGCCCUAGCUGGGUACUUUCUGCUCAAUCACAUGUACAGACAGAGGAAGAAAAGGUUGUACAGAAGUGAUCCAUCCCCAAAGAAGAAAGCCAAGAAAACAAACUAGCAGUAUAUUUAGUCAGUGUUUGUAUCGGCAUGUACAUAAGGAUAUUUUAAAGCAAUGAUUGGCAUUAUGUCACCAUCAAAUUCUUCCAAUAGUACGCAAAUAUUUGUAUGAAAGUUUUCCUUCAAUGCAGUUAAGACAUGAACAUUUGUGUGCCAGUAUCUAUGUCCCCUUUCAAUGUGCAAUGGAAUUGCACGCAAUUUUUUACGUGUUCGUUUACAAUUCUUAAAUUUGGCCUAUAUUUCCAUUUUAAGAAAUGAAUUUGAAGGUCCAGUCUUGUUAAUCUAUUUCGGAACUAUUAGCCUUCCUGUAUCAUCAGUGGUUGCCAUGGUAUCAGAUUUCAUGAUUUCAUGAAGGUGUUCAUUAAUAAAUAAUGGCAAUUUACCAGCGCUUGAUUAGAUUGCAUUCUGGAUUACCUUCUGUCACUUUUAUGCAGAAAAUUGGGAUAAUCAGAUAAUUGUACUUUUUCAAAACAAAUUUAGAUUUAAAUGUCAGCACAUUUAUUAUUAAGGGAGUUUAAUUGUUGUUUUUUUUAUAUAGUUUAAUGUACAGCCUUUUACAAGCUUAUUUUAUUUUGAUAGCUGUCUUUCGAUUUUAAAAAAUUUACAGUUUCACUUUGAUUGAUACUAUAGAAAUAAAUUGUAGGCAUGCUGUAAAUGCUUAGUCUGACAAUUGCAAACUGCCACCUUGUAAGUUAGGACUCACACAUGUAAUUAGCAUUCAUUAUGGGCUUGCUACUAGACAGAUAAAUCAUUGAAUGUAUUUGAAGCUAAUCAUUCCUUAAAUUGUGCUGCCGAACAAAGAUUAACCACAUUCCAGAGGCCCAGGAUCUCUCUUUAUGGUAAACUAAAUCGUGUUUUUAAUUCUCGUGUGCACAAAAUUUCAUUUGCAUAUAAUGUCGGUACAGAUUGGAUAAUAGGAGUGAUGGCAUCAUUCAAAUUUUUACUAAGAGCAAAGCAGUAAUCUAAUGAGUGGUUUUCAUUCCCCAUGAUCCAGCAUUCUUCUCACAGACCAACCAUGUCUUACACCCUAUAGUAAAAUGGACUACUCACUUCUAUAAUCCUAAACAAUGAGAUGUUUCCACCGGACAUUGAAGGGUUUCCUCCAACCAUGACGCUGACCGACGUUAUAUAAGUGAAGUAUUCUGGAAUUUGGCAUGAAACAAAUAAACAAAUAAUGAGAUGUGUGUUGAGUUCACCGGAUAGCGGAUAGAUCAGGUCUUGAUUACUUACAAUGUACCACUUCUUGCUGGCAAGCUUGUCACUUACUGAGUUGAGGGGGGGGGGGGGGACAAGUACACCCCUUGCACAGGAGAUAAUGAGAGAGGUACCAUUGCAUUCACCUAGGAAAUAUUGUCCAAUGUUGGCCAAAAAAAAUCAUAAUAAUGAUUCUUUGUUGUGAUUUUACCAUGACACAUGUUUUGCCUGACUUGCUUUUCUGUAACCAUGAAUGUGUUAGGUUUAAAUUUUAUGUUUUCAUUGUGUACAAUUUUAUGUCAUGUCACAUAAGUAAAUGU